AAACAGAAACGGUUUCACCCAAUCACCCAGCUAGCUAAACACACGCGGCAGCGGAGGCAGAGAGCACAGAGCAGAGAGAUGAAAGCUGUCACUUCACGAAACAAGCCAGUCCUCCUCCGCAUAACUCCACGAAUAACAAGCAAGGCGCAGCAAUCCUUUAGGCUACAGUAGGUUUGUUUUCUUUUCCUUCUCCUUAGAGACGAAUAGACCCCCUUUUGGAUCAGUGUACUCUUAAAUACCGUCUAUCCAAACAAACACCUGCUUGGGAAUUCUUUAUGCUGGGUGAGCCACUUCACCAAUGGACUAUAAUUCCUUCUUCAUGUGAGCGAAGAGAAGCCGAUGAUAAUAAUGCUUCAUAGUGCUGUAAUUUCUUCCUCCACCACGCCGUUCUCAGUUAAGGAUAUACUGAAGUUGGAGCUUCAGCAGCAGUCUCAGCGGCGGCACGCCUUACAUGUUGGACCGCCCCAUGAACGCUUUCAGGCGGAUCCCCAGCAGCACCACUUCGCCCUCCAGUCGCCACCGUCUUGUAUGCUGGCGGACAGGGACAGGGAUAGCCCGAUCGCUGGGCUCUCGGAGGUAGAGGAGAGGAUGUCCUACCUUAGUAGUCUGACGGUGCAGGACCGGCCGAUGGAGACAGGUCUACCCGGGGACAUGUUCAGUUCAUCGGAGCUGCAAGGACACUUAGCCGACACCAGCCUGGAGGUUAAACAGGAGGACAUAGACAGCAAAUCGUGUGGUGCGAUGGGGACAAGGGACUGCGAUGUGGCCACGCAAGCGCACUCGGACUCUGAGAAACCUCCGAAACAGCAGAGGACCCGGCGGAAACCGCGUGUACUCUUCUCCCAGGCGCAGGUGUUCGAGCUAGAACGGCGCUUCAAGCAGCAGCGUUACCUUUCUGCACCAGAAAGGGAACAUCUGGCGAACUCUCUAAAACUGACCUCCACACAAGUCAAAAUCUGGUUCCAGAACAGGAGGUAUAAGUGUAAACGGCAGCGACAGGACAAGACACUGGAGAUGGCCGGGCACCCUCAUCAUCCUCCCCCGCCUAGGAGAGUGGCAGUCCCAGUGCUUGUGCGGGAUGGGAAACCCUGUCUGUCUGGAUCUCCGAACUAUACGUCAUACGCUGUUGGAGCUGCCAGCCCCUAUAGUUAUAACGGCUACCCGGCUUAUACCUACAAUAACCCGGUGUACACUAACACCUAUUCGUGCACUUACUCUAGCCUGCCUGCUCUACCGCCGAACACUACUGCUAAUGCCUUUAUGAAUAUGGGUCUGGGGAACCUGGGUGCGUCGCCGUCUCACGGCCAAACCCCACAGGCACCAACCGUCACAGGUUGCCAAGGAACUCUGCAGGGCAUUCGGGCCUGGUAGCUGAAUGAAUGUGCUCAUCUUCAGUUAAAAUAAAUGCAAGGCUGCUCGAGAGUUUACUAAGUUCAUCCCACAGCCUAGUGUAUUUUGGGAUACCGGGGAAAAAAACUAUAUUUAUCCCAUGCUGCGCAGUAGAAUCAUUUUUCAUAUUAAGCUGCCAUAUUGAGACUCAUCUUGUACAAAGAGAUGAGCUGUGUUCGGCUCUUCCAAAAGUAUUUAGACUACUCCAGUGUUACUCUUUGACAUUGAUACAUUUCAGUGGGCCUAAAGACUUGCGCGCCAACAUGUGUGAUAUGUCAAACUGUUGGGUGCUUGUCACUCAAGGAUGUAGGCUACAUUGAAUGCGAGAUUUCCAGUCUUUACUUCAAAUAUUACUUUAAGUGUAGCCUACUGCAAUGAAACCACUGAAAAUCUAACAGAAAACCCCUCAAUAAAGCAUAAAAAAUAUAAGUAUUCUUUUGUUUUUUUUUAUUUAUAAUUUGCAGCUACUGCCUUUUUUAGUUAUGCUCGUAUUGUGCACUUGGAGAAGUCCCACUGAUAUAUAUAUUUUUUUAAAUCAGUAAGCAUAUUAAUACAAACCCUCGAGGGUCAAGCUUGCAACUUUUAGAGACAUCGUCUAUUCAUUUUGACCCUAAGAAUACAUUAUUUGAGAUCCCUGGAAGAAAGAGAUCAUUUUAUUCCUCAUUUAAAACGUAAGACAUUAUUAAAUCUUAUUUACCAUAAUUUGAUUACAGUAUCAUAUAUCUUUCUGAUUUUGAAUAACAUAUAAUUUAUCCAUAUUUUUGUUAAGAACUACAGCGAUUUGAAUCACCGUAUACCAAAAUGUGUAGUAGGCCUAUACUUAAUAUAUUGAUUAAAUUAACUUCCAAAAGUUACUAUAUAUGGCAUAGUUCUUUGAGCAGUUAUUUAUUUACUUCAGUAUUAGCAUAGCUGUUAGUAAGAAAGUUGUAGGGGUUAUGUCUGAAUGAUUUAAAUUACAUAACAAAUUUUAUGGUAUCCAAAAUAUCUUUGCAAGCUGUAUGUAAAAAUACUGGAGUAGGUUUUUUAUGAAUUCUAGAAAUGACCGUGUUUAAAUUGUUCUAAUUGGUUAAAGCACUAAGCUACUGGAGCCCAUCCACCCUCAGACUUUACCCUCAGUUUUCCAAUUUUGUGGUGUCCAACUCACGAUAAUUGCUUUGCUUCAUUGCAAUCACUCCAAGGCACAGUAGGUUCGCAAAUUUCCGCAUAUAUUCCGAGAUGUUUAUAAUACCACUCGUAGGUAUUUUCCGGGAGGAGAGCGCAUUCCCCGACCAAAAAUCUGGAUUUAGCUUGCAGCAGACCAGCCCAACACAAGGAAUCGCUAGAGCGUGAUGAGAGAAAGCAACCCCGUCCACAUCCAUCCGCACACGCUUGGGCAGCACAGAGCCAAUUUGCAGUGCCCCCUACGGGACACCAGGGCACUGUUGUGGUAUGACCGGGUAGAAGCGGCUAAAUGACGCCGCUGUUUUUCCACUACACCACUGAGGGCGGAUACAAUGUAGCCUAUAACAUAAUGUUAUGUCUACAGCUAAUGUGGAUUUAAAUAAAUAGAAAUUCGGGAAGCACACAUCUAGUUCUCUGUCUAGAUAAAGAAUAUUUUAGUUUGGCUUCACACUGUAAAAAGUAACUGCCUACUUUGAGUAGCGGCCUCUCAAAAGUCCAACCAUCAACUCAUCAGUGUGCUCAUACCACUUAAUGUUUUUGAGUUUGUUAUAUUUGGUAGAUGAACAAAUACCAAACUGUAUUUGUGUUCUGCUAAUAUAGUUAUACAGUUAUUCGAUUAAGUCUAUGUGACAUGUUAUUGUUACUUAAGUCUAGUUCAUUUUAUGUAUUUACUUAAAAUAGGCUAAAGAAGUAAUAGCCGGAUAUUGAUAUUAAGAUAUUAAAAUAUUUUUUUUUUUGCGAGUUGUGAAUCCACAACAGUGACAUGUUGCUCUGUUUGAAGAGCAUAGUGGGAAAUUAAAACAUUUUAGAUAUUAAAAACAAUAUCUUUACAUAAAGUGUAUCUCAUUUCAGAAGAAAGAAAAAUAUAUUUCUAAAAUAGUAAUGGGCAGAUAAUAUUGUUAUGAGGUAUUUUUGAUAAUAAUGAACCGAAAUCAAAACGUAUGGCAUAUUAAAAUUCUGUAAUAAGCCAAAACAUUCCCACCAUCAGCAAGGUCAUAAUCCACACAAAGGGUUAUGCGGCAUUCUUCGAUGCACACAGCUCGACCUGAAAUUAUUACUAGCACUGAGCGACGCCCAUGAAUAACACCGUCUUAAGUAGGUUAAAACACAAAAGAAAAAACAUUUCUUUAAAAGAAUGACCAGGGAUACUACGAUUUUAAAGAUAUUAGUAGCCUAAACAAUGCAAAUCAUUUAAGUUGAAGGGCCCCAAUUGUUACGUUCACUACAAAACAUAUUACAUUCGAGUAGGCUAACUUAAAACGGUAUAGUAGGGGAAAAAAGUAGGGAAAAAAAGAAAUAACCUAUAGUGUCAAAAACAGAAACAGUAAAGCAUUUAUUUUUCAUGAUUGUAAUAAUUUUAGUUUUAAUGUCAAUGGAAUACUGAGUUGGGUUUCUCAAAAUAGAUUAGGCAACUAUUUUCCAAAAACAAUUAAAAAUACUGUUAGCAGAACGAUUUAGACUACUUUUUACAGUGACAUCCAUCAAGAAUUUGUACCAUUGCCAGAAAUUGUUAAGGCCUGAUUAUUCUGGUAAUCAGGCACGGUGGAGAAAGUAUAUGCAAUAACAAAAUGUCUAUACCCUAUCUCAGCAGAGAGAGGAUCAUUCGGAUCAAAUUAAACAUUUUCGGGGUUAUAAUAAAAAAGAUGUUUGGUAUAGCUUUGGUUAAACUUCAGUGACCUGUGUUGGCUUUGUCAGUUUAUUAGCAUAAUGCCAUUCACCGCAACGGGAGGUCUCUUAGGGACCUGCUUAGGGCAACAAGCAUUAAUUUUCCGGGUUCAAGACAUUGUAUGUGUGUGUCCGUGUGUAACAGAGAGAGAGAAACGCUCAGUUUCUGUUUCUGCAUACAAAUUGAGUUUCACUCGGUUAACUUAAUGAAUGCAACCAUAACCAAAUAUAUAUAUUUGGUUACGUUCGGUUGUGGAUACGCACAAUUGAACUACGUUCGAUUGUGGAUAAGCAAUGCAAAUGUCGUUUGGCCAACUAUCAGUGCUAUUCUCAAAAGGCGGGUUUCCAAACUUUGCUCUGAACGCUGCUGAGAGAAGGAAAUACUGUAGCAGGGCAGGCCAGAAACACAUACAGACACAGACAAGAGCCAGAACUAUAAGAAAGACAGAAUGCAGAAUGGAUCAUUUAGGGUAGAGGGAGACAUUAUCCAGACAACGCGCACCCACUGAGGGCCCACAGGUCCACAAAAGCUGAACCGACCUGUGUUAAGAACAACAUUUAAUUAAAAAUGCAAACAUCUUGUAUACUACUAAUGUGAGUCUAUCAAUCUCAAAAAGUAAAAUUAUAAUUUUGAAAUGUAGAAUGUUUUCUUAAUUUUAACUUUUAAUGUAAAUGUUGUGAAUUCAGAAAGAAUGUCAAUAAUUAAUUUCCACAUUAUUUCAAGCUUCUAGCAACUAACUCAUCACGUGAAAAUAACUGCCUUUUUCUAUUUGUCAUUGCGUUUAAACUAAAUUAAUAAAAACUAAUGAGAGAAAGUUCACACUUUUUCCACUUCGGCUCCUGAGGAAAUGUGUUCUCACGAUCACAUCAACGCAAUUUCCCACUUUUUCAGUGGGAAGCACAGAUUGUCAAAUUAAGGGUAAUGAUCACUACAGUGACAGAAUGACAAGAUUUGGGUUUACACGGAGGAAAAGCAUUGAUCUUUAGGUCAGCUCUCCAUAUCACCGUUCAUUAGAGAUAGUAAAUCGUUUUAAACAAACAACCUAUACAAAGCAAUGAUCCAAUACGUAGCAUAGACACCAUUAACGGAGAUAGAAUACAAUUGCAACGUAAACAAAGUGUUUGUCUCCAGUGAUAGGGGCGAGGCCGCUUCCCCUGGCUACAGCACUGCCGGUAGAGGACAUACCUGUGUCAGGAUAAGUGGCAAAGAGACUCUAAAGUAAAUAGAGAUGGCGACAGAAGGGCGAUGCCUGAGGACGUGGGGUGUGUGUAUAUGUGUGUAUGUGUGUGUUUCGAGAGUGCCAGAGAAGUGAUUGCUAUCUAUAGCAGCUCCGAAGUGCCAAAGAUAGCCGUUUAUCCACAAGGCGAACGACGAAAACUGAGUUUCCCAAAACAAAGUAUCCCAUGGCAACCCACUUGAAGGGUAGAGAGAACAAAGGCCAAAUAUAGAGUAUAGAUAGCUAUAGACCAAGCCGAGUAACUGAAAGACUGACGGCCCACCGCACUCCCUGCAGUCUGCCGAGAUUUGUACUCCAUCAGUCUGGUCUACGGGAGCAGCGGGAUUGAGGAAUGACAGCAAUGCUGGACAAACAUGUAUAAGCUUGAAAUGAGCUUUUACAGAUCCACGUGGGCAUUAUAUUUAUAAUAUGUUGAUUCAUAAAUGUGAGUCAUGUUAUAGGAGAUUGAAAAGCGUGUCUUCUUGAAUUCAGGGAGGCCUAGAAAGACAAUGUAUUGCCAUGAUCACCAUGAACACCUGCAGGAUUGCUCACUAGAAUCUCCACGAUUUUUCCAGCAGACAUGUUUUGACAUCUCCGUGCUGUGUGUUAUCUGUAGUCAGAAAAGAAAGACGAAAACCUCUGUUUAGUCAGAGGACGAAAACAAAACAACUGAGGAGCAAGAUCACCCACCUGUCAUCACAUUAUAUCAUCAAUGAAAGUAGGUCUGAAGGUUACACAAUCUGAAUAGAGAGACACACAGACAGUGGUGUGUGUGUGUGUGUGUGUGUGUGUGUGUGUGUGUGUGUGUGUGUGUGUGUGUGUGCGUGUGUGUGUGUGUGUGUGUUUGUGCGCGCGGCGCGUGAUCACAUGCAAUAGCCUAUUACCAGACGCAGUAGGCCUACAUCAAUGUAAUGUGUUGAGGUACUUUAGACAGCCUUACACAACGAUUUCAACAGGAAAUGGACACGGGUUAUUAAGGCCGAGACAUAAAAUCCAAAAUAAUCCAAGGACAGAAUACUCCAAGCACCCCAAAAAUAUGUCACUGAAAAUAUAUAAAAAAUGUGUUUUAAAAAAUCAACAAAACAGGCAAAAUACAAAAGAUUCCUAUUAAAAGUAUUAAUAAAUAUAUUUUUUUUUUAUCUCACAAUUAUAGUAUUCAGAGGAGAUACAAUUGUCACCAGGACACAUUUCAAUUUGAAAUCCUGAUAUCAGUCUUGUCUUAAAGUUAUUCUGAUUAUUUUGCUCAAUUGUAAUUGGUGAAAACCCAACCGCUCUGUGUAGAGCCACUCCUUGGUGGGGCGCGAGGCAACAACCCUGCCUUCUCAACCCCAGUGUAUAGCUGAAUCCUUUUGUACCACAGGGUGGCGCUAAAUCCCUUUUCCUUAAAAUAACAUUUUAGUCGACUCAAAGACUUAAUGAAUGGUUGCAAAAAGGUUUCAUGUUUAGCUGACGUUUUAUAUUGCUUUCUACAUUGUAUUUUGUACUUUGAUGGAACUCAUUAUAUAUUAAUGCAAUAGACUGUUCUCAGGAAGUUGUUUUCAUUAGUUGAAUACAUGCAAAAACUGAUAUGGGUCUCUGUAAUGAGCUUAAAUUAAACAAAUAAAAAGAGAAUAAUAUCAAGGUCCUUAGGUUACAAAAAAUAUGAAGACCUGAUAAUAUAUGUUUUGUUCAUAUCUAUUCCACAGUUAUCAGGCAGGAAGGGGAACACUCAUUCACUGCAACAGCAGGAGAGGACUAAUAAACGUUUACUAAGCAGAAAUACCUAGGGUUUAAAUGUAACAAAAAUAAAAAAAACGAUGUCAUGAAAUCCAAACACAUAUUACUUUCUAGGAAAAAGGUUUUGGUAUUAGAUACAGCUACAUGGAAAGAAGCCUCCAGCACACCUGUAGGAUCAGAGGUGUAAAAAGUACUUAACUGGGUUUAGCUGUGUUCACCACUUUAGAGAAAUAUCUAAUUAAGAUCUAAGUAAUCAGGUAAAGGGAGAUCAAAACUAACCAGCGAUCAACUAAAUAAAAAGUGUGCACAUUUCCAACUAAUGUCACUGGUUAGUUAUUAACUCCGUUUCUCUUGUCAUUUUGCUCUGACUUAGAAACUUGUGAACUGUUGAACACAGCCGAGUACUUUUGCUUUGUGCUUUUAACACCUCUGUGUAGAAACAUUUUCAUCACGGCUGAGUGUGAAUGGUAUUGCUGUUUCUGGUUAACUAACACUGGUCUAUCAUGAGACAUAGCUAGUAAGAUGCUACGCCUAAAUAUAUUUGUUGAUUUUUGUUAACCAAUGCUUGGAAUCUUUUGUUAUUACUCGUUUUUCUCCUUCAUUCAGCAUAGCCUUUUAUGCUAGCUAGGUUACCUAACUGAGUGAAGUGUACUCAGUAUUGUUGGAUGGUGUGUGUCCCACCUAGAUAUCUUCUGAUGUAUGCACUACUUGUAAGUCGCCCUGGAUAAAAGCGUCUGCUAAUGACAAAAACUACAUUUAUAAUGCCCCAUAAAUAUUUACGGACAUAUUACAAAUUGUCCUGAUCGUUAAAAGGUGGAGCAUUUUGCGAAAUCCUUCUGGUGCAAUUUCCCCGCAUGCAUUUGUUAUGUUGUUUAUAUAUAAAAACAUAUAUUAUUGAAUAUGUAAACACUACGCAGCAGCCAACCAACACUGAAAUAAAAAGACCUCCCCUGGAUAUAUUUUAUUCAUUUUUAUUCAAGGU